CAUGCAUACACAGACAGAGGAACGAGUGCAGAUAAGCAAUAGCAACUGUGCGUUCUAGCUUAGCAUUGCCAGCAUUGCUCGUUCCUCGUAUCGAACAUGGCGCGAUUCAUGAUACCUAGAAUCGCGCUUUUAUCCAUUAAAAACAGUAGCCGCGCGAUACCUCGAAGUUACGUGCCAUUAAAGUAUCAACGAUCAUGCUUUCACGUCAGCUGGGUUCUCGAUGUGAAAGGAAAGCCGCUGUUAAUGCCUUCCCUAUCACCUACCAUGGAAACUGGCACUAUCGUCAAAUGGUUCAAAAAGGAAGGUGACAAGAUAGACGCAGGGGAUGCUCUCGCCGACAUUCAGACCGACAAAGCUGUCGUUACUAUGGAGGUCGACGACGAUAGCGUGCUCGCAAAAAUAAUUGUGCCAGAAGGGAUGAAGGAUGUCAAAGUCGGAUCGCUGAUAGCACUCACGGUCGAAGUAGGUGAAGACUGGAAGUCUGUGGAAAUGCCUGACACGGUCGCGGCACCGCCCGCACCUCCCGUGGGUCCUCCACCGGCAGGUCCACCAGUACCUCCAGCGGCAGCUCCGCCGGCAGCACCUCCAUCCGCGCCGGCUCAACCGCCUCCUGGCCAAACGAACGUUAGCAUGCCGGCGCUCUCACCGACGAUGACGUCGGGAACGAUAGUGAAAUGGUUGAAGAAAGAAGGAGAUGAGUUACAACCAGGCGAUGCGUUGGCGGAAAUCCAGACGGACAAAGCCGUGAUGACGUUCGAAUUCGAGGACGAGGGUGUAUUCGCGAAAAUUCUUGCUCCUGAAGGAAGUAAAGUGGAAGUCGGAGAAUUGAUCGCCAUCACGGUAGAAAAGGGAAUGGAUCUGGCGAGUGUCGUCGUUCCAACGACUACGAAACCGGCCGCAGCGGCCCCGCCGGGCGCUCCUGCGCCUGCACCGCCAGCAGCUGCGCCUGCACCGAGUGGACAGGUGUACGGUUUGGCGGUGAAGCGAUUGCUGGAGGAGUACGGAUUAAAUGCGGCGUCUAUCACAGGCACCGGUCGGCCUAAUCGUUUGCUAAAAAGCGACGUUUUAGCUUACAUACAAGCGCACAAUGUGAAAAGGGUUCCACCGCAAACAGCGGCACCGCCCGAGGUCGCGCAACCCAAAGGGGAAGAGCCUUCAGGGAAACCGCAUGUGCCUAGCGGUGUCCCUUCCGCUUACGAGGACCUUCCAGUCUCAAAUAUAAGAGCCGUUAUCGCCAAAAGGCUCGGGGAAUCGAAACGCACCAUCCCACACUCGUACGCUUUCGUCGACGUUAAGAUAAAUAAAUUACUCGAAAUCCGUAGCGAACUGAAGGCCGACGGUAUCAAUACCUCGAUAAACGAUUUUAUUACGAAAGCAGCGGCUCACGCGUUGGUCGAAUGUCCAUUUGUCAACACGUUAUAUCAAAACGGACAAAUAGUCCGCAUGCCAAGGGCUGACAUCUGCAUCGCUGUUGCCACGGACUCCGGUCUCAUCACGCCGAUCGUCUUCGACGCAACUGCUAAAAGCGUGGUCGAUAUCUCGAAGAAUAUCAAAGAAUUAGCCGAGAAAGCUAGAACCGGUCGGCUGAAGCCGGAUGAAUAUCAAGGAGGAACCUUCACAAUAUCGAAUUUGGGAAUGUUCGGUAUCAAGCAAUUCAGUGCCAUCAUAAAUCCUCCUCAGACGGCGAUCCUCGCGGUUGGUGGCGGUCGAGAGGAAUUGGACGCUGCGCUGCAGAAGGCAACUAAAAUAUCGACGACCUUGUCGUACGAUAGACGGGCAAUCGACGAAGACGAAGCCGCCGACUUUUUAGCCGUUUUACGAUCCAUGUUGGAGGAUCCGUCGUUCCUCGUUGCUGGAAGGUUGCGGGCGCUAAGGUAUUCGCAGGACUACUGACCUUUACUCAUACCGUGAUCCUCGGGUAUCCGUGUUCAAUCGAAAAAUGGAUUUUCGUUUUGAUACGUAUUUUAGUUUCCCCUCCCACGAUACUAGAAAAUAGUCUUUGGAUUCGAAGAAGGCUCCGAAAACGAAUGGAACCUUCGCCCUUGCUUACGGAUUCGUUAAUUCGAAUACACCGCGUAUCCAUCCGAGAAAUUCCUUAUGAUGCACGAGACACCUCCCCUCUUCGUCACGAAAAUUACGUGCAUACAUUUUCAUACAGAAGGAAAACCCGCUUCUGUGGCUCGGUUCUAAAUCAAAGUGAAAGAUAUACCCAUUUAUCUGCCUAGAUACUGCCAAAUAUAGCGAUAAUACCGGUACCUUUUACUUUUAACACUUGUAUAAAAUGUUUUACAGAAAAUGUACAAAACCGUUAAGAUUAACCGUUAAUAAAAUGGUACGUUGAUGUUAUUAAUACGUUAUCGAUGGAAACGGCGCAUUAAUUAGUAAAUUAAUUAUUUGCCUGGCGUCGAGCUCCAUGCAUUCUCUACGUCCCGGUGAACAUUUUUAUUGAUAAAAAUAAUUUGCAGCGUGUAACAGUCUACGAAUAGUAAUUUGAUACGAAUCAGCUUUCUCGUGUCGAACCUAGUAAGCUUAUCUGAAUUUAUUUAUACCGUUUAUUUUUCGUAUGUGUCUCCUUGUAAAUAAGUAGGUCAACAUUCGUAUCUUUGCUUAAAAUGUAAUUACCUGUUUAGAUAUUGAUUUCUCGGCAACGUGUUACGUUAUGAAAUAAGUACAUCAUUUCUUUCGAGUGCAGGGUAAUAAGCGUUCGUAUUUAUUAACAUGGUUGGCUCGAUCCAAUGGCAGCGUCGAGAUCCAAUUAGCUUCGUUUUUCCAUAAAUUUCAGCGAAUCCUCGACACGCGUGUCUUUAUAUUGUAAUUACCGCGAUGUCCGAUAUUUAUUUCAAUAGGAGAAGAAGGCCACACUAUCACGAUUUCCAUCGUGCGAUAAAUGUAUACGAACGAAUUCUAUACUUUUUUUCUUCUGUCUUUUAAAGAUAACGUUCAAAAAUAUUCCAUGGUUUUCGCGAUUUUAAGAUCAUGUAACGCACAACUAGGAACUGUGGUAUGGCUUAAAAAACUUGUCGGGAUAGUAAAAAGUGAAUAGGUAUGUAUAUGUAAAUCUUGUAAAUAAAAUAUUUAUUGUUAAAAUCA